AUGGCUGUUGGCCAAAGCACCAAUGGCAACUCAGGCAACAAGAAGCCAUGCCACUGCUACAAAGUCGCAGACUUGACCUCUCCAAUCCUCGAAUCCUCUCUCACUUCCAACCUGCUGGAGCGAUACGACUUGGGAGGUCAGCUGGGCUGGGGCCAGUUUGGGGUCAUCCGAGAAUGCACUGAUGUAUUUACUGGAGAGAAACUUGCCUGCAAGUCGAUCGCAAAGGAUCGCCUGGUCACAGAGGACGAUCUUCGCAGCGUCAAGCUCGAGAUUGAGAUCAUGUCCAGACUAUCGGGCCACCCUCAUGUCGUGGAAUUGAAGGCCGUCUAUGAGGAGGAGCGAUAUGUUCACCUUGUGAUGGAGCUCUGUGCUGGUGGAGAGUUGUUCCAUCUGCUGGAGAAGCGCGGCAGGUUCUCUGAGCCCCAGGCCCGCAUCUUGUUCCAGCAUCUGAUGGAGGUGGUGAUGUUCUGCCACGACAAGGGCAUUGUUCACAGGGAUCUGAAGCCAGAGAACAUCCUCCUUGCGACAGAUUCCCCAUCUUCGCCGAUUAAGUUGGCAGAUUUCGGAUUGGCAACAUUUAUUGAGCCGGGUAAUAAUUUUUUUUCGUGUUCUUGUGUCUCGAUUCCCUGUCCUUCCUCAUCUCGCUCCAUGAUUUGGUUUCGUCUGAACAGGGAAGAAUUUGUAUGGGACCGUGGGGAGCCCGUUUUAUAUAGCACCCGAGGUACUGGGAGGGGGCUACAACCAGGCCGCCGAUAUCUGGAGUGCAGGGGUCAUCUUGUAUAUUCUCCUCAGUGGGAUGCCGCCCUUCUGGGCCAAGACCAAGUCAGGCAUUUUCGAUGCUGUCAGGGCUGCCAAGCUAUGGUUCCCGUCCAAUCACUGGGGCCAUAUAUCCCCAUCUGCAAAGGACUUGAUCACUGGAAUGCUGCGCAAGGAUCCUGCUCAAAGGUUGACGGCUGCGCAGGUUCUUGGUGAGGCACGCUGGGCAUUUCUUGGUUCACUGAAUCAGCUAUGGAGUGUCCAUGCGAUUGAACAUGUUCUUUUGCAGAUCAUGCUUGGAUGA